AUGGUACGCUUUGUUGUGCCUGCCUUCUUGCGGGCUAACGGUGCCUACAGGCGCUACCUUCAAGAUGGAGCCGUUGGGGAGCUGAGUCUCCCACAAUACGAGCUAACACCAAAUGGUGAAGUAACCGUGUACUACGGUGAGGUCGUUUGUCGCCUAGCAAAUUGCGGGCACCGAUGGGUUUCAUUCUAUGAUACCCGAAACCUGCGCCUUCAUCUCCGCCGCCAUGGCGUUAUCGUGGCCUGGACUCAGAGGGGCCGAAUGAGCCAGGGAGCCAUGGAUGCUGCUAUCGCUUGGUAUGAGGCGGAUGAGGGAGAAAUCGACACAAACAUUGCUGAUGAGGAGGUGGGCGAGGUGGAAGAUGGGGCGCAUGAAGAUGAAUUUUAG